AUGACUUUCACAUCUCAAUUUUCCGCGUUGGGUUCUGAUAGCAAAGCGCUCGAAGCUCUACUGUGGACAGUCUUUGCCUUAGGAGUUCUGAAAGCUACGACUUUCGUUCUAAGCUUUUCUAGCUUGGUGCUUGAUUUAUUUGUGCUACCAGGAGUGAACUUCCGCAAAUAUGGAGCCAAAAAGGGUCAGUACUGUGUGAUAACCGGUGCUAGUGAUGGUAUCGGGAAAGAGUAUGCUAGUCAGUUGGCCAAGCGUGGCUUCAAUUUGAUCUUAAUAUCUCGGACACAGUCUAAACUUGUAACGUUGAAAUCUGAAUUCGAGUCCAAAUAUGACGUCAAGGUUCGCAUCCUGGCAAUUGACAUUGCAGAGGACGUCUCUGAAAAUUACAUCAAGAUUCAAGAAGCUUGCUCUGGAUUACCCAUUACGAUUCUAAUCAACAAUGUUGGCCAAAGUCACAGCAUUCCUGUUCCAUUCUUAGAAACCGAAGAGCAUGAAUUGCGCAACAUCAUCACUAUCAAUACUACAGCCACUUUGAAGAUCACACAGCUAGUGGCACCAUUGAUUGUUAAAUCAGCCAAAGAAGCGCGUUGUAAGGGCCUCAUCUUAACCAUGGGCUCUUUCGGUGGUCUUUUGCCCACCCCCUAUUUGGCGACCUACUCUGGGUCCAAAGCAUUCCUUCAGAGCUGGUCGGCUGCUCUUGCUGGCGAAAUGAAAUCUCAAAACGUCGAUGUUGAAAUCGUACUCUCGUACUUGGUCACCAGUGCUAUGUCCAAAAUUCGCAGAACCUCUAUGAUGAUCCCCAACCCAACUCAAUUCGUGGCCGCUACGCUAAAGACUGUCGGAAGGCGCUCGGGAGCUCAGGAACGGUACGCUACAAUGACGCCAUACUGGUCGCACGCGUUAUAUCACUUCGUGAUUGAAAAUACCAUCGGGGUGUAUUCCAAACUUGCAAACUCUAUCAAUUACACGAUGCACAAAAGCAUCAGAAGCAGGGCUCUGCGUAAGGCUGCUAGGCAGGCUAAACAGCAGUAA